UCGUGGUUGCGUCGCUGUGGAUGAUGGUGUGGCGGAGCCUCCUCGUGAUGAGGAUAUGCCACUCUCUCUCUCUCUGUCCCCGUCUGUGUGUGUGUAUAUGUCCGUGAUCUGCCUCGUGGCUGGAGCUGCCUCUGCGUUGUCGUAGUGGCUCUGGCCGUGUGUGUGUUUUUUCUGGUGCUGAGGACUUCUGGGUGUUGUGUGACUCUUUCUUGAGCUGCGUUUGUCAUUGGUUUCUGAUUCUUGCACCAGCUGUGGGAGCUUGUGAUGAUUCUGCGUUGUGGGGUGGAACCAACUUGGUGGUGUUUCAAAGACAGUGCAACAUUGUGGGGGUAGGAGUUGAGAAUUGCCUCUGGGGGGUUUAGGAACAAUGCAAGCUUUGCUCUCUGUGAGGGGAGUCCCUGCGUUGGGCUCACCGAGGGCCUCUGUCAGGGCGCGAUGUUCGGCGCCAAGAGCUGGCAGUUUGGUGCUGCUGGAUGAGAGGAGGAGACGAGGGGAGCGAAUUGUUACUCAAGAUCGAAGCAAUGUAAACUGUGCUCCGGGACGAGCGAUGGGGUCGCGGAGGCACGUGCUUGUGAGGGCUUCGGAUUCGAACAUUGCAUCGUCUGAGACUGCAACUCCGUCCAGCCCCGCGGAUGCCAUUAAUUCGGGGCUGGCCCUCUUCUCCAAAGGCAGGGUUAAAGAUGCUCUGGCACUGUUCGACGCCGCCCUGGAGAUGAAUCCGAGUGAGGAGGAGGCUCAAGCAGCCCUAUACAAUAAGGCCUGCUGUCAUGUCCGCAGUGAAGAAGGGAAGGAAGCCUCAAAAGCGCUUAGGCGAGCUCUCAAACAGUAUAACCUAAAAUUCAGUGUCAUCUUGAACGAUCCGGACAUGGCUCCUUUUCGAGCAAUGCCAGAAUUUAAGCAGUUGCAAGAGGAGGCCAGGAAAGGUGGAGAAGAAGUGGGCGGGAGUUUUCGGAGGGAUCUGAAAUUAAUCAGCGAGGUUCAAGCUCCAUUUAGGGGGAUCCGCAAAUUCUUCUACGUGGCUUUGUUUUUAGCAGCUGGAAUUUCUACACUCUUCACAGUUCCCCGAUUCAUCCUCGCAAUUCAGGGCGGAGAUGGGGCACCUGGCGUACUUGAAACUGUGCAGAACCUAGCCAUCAACAUUGGAGGAGGUGCAGCGUUUAUAGCCAUAUACCUGUGGGAAAAUAAAAAGGAAGAAGAGCAAAUAUCUAGGAUUACUAGGGACGAAACACUUUCGAGGCUGCCUGUUCGCCUGGCGAACAAUCGAACAGUGGAGCUCUCGGCGUUGCGAGAGAAUACUCGACCGGUCAUAAUAGCAGGAACGGCGGAGAAUGUGGAGAGGUCUAUUCGUGCAUCCCAGAAAUAUCGAGAAGACUUGCUCAAGCGAGGUGUACUGAUCAUUCCUUUAGUAUGGAGUAAGAAUAAUCCAACCAAGCCCAAGAAGAAACUUGGUUUUGGAGUGAGGCCUCCUGUGGAUGAGUUCGAGCAGCGAAUCCAAGCCGCGGCUGCGAAAGGAGUAAUCCAAGGAGAAAAACGUUUCAAAGCUGAGCCCGUCUCGCCAGUAGAAUGGGAGAGUUGGGUAAGAGAGCAGCAAGAAUCGGAAGGAGUGACGCCUGGAGAAGACGUUUUCGUUGUUCUGCGGCUUGAUGGAAGAAUCCGGAAGUCUGGACGAGGAAUGCCGGAGUGGGUGGAUAUUGUGAAUGAAUUGGCUCCUCUGGACACUUUUAUCAGUAAACUUGAGAAAUAAAUUGUUUCAUGCUCUUUUUUACUCUUAUCAGGGGUACUGUGCGUUUUAAGCACAUUUUCAUGUCCACUUUAGUUUUGGUACGACUCGUGAUACAUAAAUGCUCCUGGAUUACUCUUCAAUCGUAAUCGAAGCUCUUUUGUUGUUCAUUUUAGACAAAGUA